CGGGGCCUCGGGAGCCCACGCGCCGCGGGUCCUCCCCGCGCAGAGGCGGCGGCGGCGUGGACCGCUCCGGCGCACGGACGCGCUCAGGCUGAGGCCCGGGGAGGCGAGCGGCCGCGGCCGUUCCUGACACCCGGCUGAGCUGGCGCCUCCUCUGCCCGCUGGCAGCCGCCCAGCGCCCAUCCUCGCCCCCUCUGUGCAGGGCUGCGGUGCCGCCAGCGGACCAGGAGCUCCAGAGGGCACGGGGCGGUCCAGCCCCCUCUGUGCCCCCCCAGUCCCGCCCGAGUGGAACCGAGGGCCGGCCACUGUCCACUCCCCACGCCCACUCUGCCCUCUGGCCCCAGCCAUGGCGCCCCUGCUCGCCCUGUUCCUGGUGGCCCUGGCGGGCCUGCCUCUGGCCCAGGCCCUGGACUGCCACGUGUGCGCCUACAACGGGGAGAACUGCUUCAACCCCAUGCGCUGCCCGUCCAUGGUCACCUACUGCAUGACCACGCGCACCUACCUCACCCCGACCAAGAUGAAGGUGAGCAAGUCCUGCGUGCCCAGCUGCUUCGAGACCGUGUACGACGGCUACUCCAAGCACGCCUCCACCACGGUCUGCUGCCAGUACGACCUCUGCAACGGGGCCGGCCGCGCCACCGCGGGGGCCCCGGCCCUGGUCCCCGUGCUCCUGGCCACCCUCUGGGGUCUGCUCUGAACCCCUGCCUGCCCCCCCUGAAGACCACUCACGACGGAGCUCCGAGAGGCACACCCACCCGCUCCCCUGGCCGCUCCCGACCCCCCAGCCACGCCCAGCACCGGCUGCCAGAGAAGCCUGGGCCUCUGAGCCGCGGGGCCUCCUCCCCGGCCGCCUGUCCGUGUCCGAAGGCGGGUGUGGGCCUGGCCUUCCGGAGGCGUCUGGCCCGGGUGGGAGAGCUCAGCCCUCCGUCCCGGCACGGGGUGCCCAGCCAUGCAGUGCUAUUUAUGGGGCCUCGGGGCGCUGGUGGGCAGGUGCCCCACCUUCCUGGCAGCCCCGGGGCAGCCGUGGAGCAGGGCCCUGGGAGGAAGGCCUCCGUCCCCGGCUGUCCAGGGAGGGUGUCAGCUUGGGGUCAGCGAGGACGAGGUCUGGGGGGGGGGGUACUCAAUGCUGCUCUCGCUAAUGUAACGCCUGGCACAGGGUCUGCACACACAGCUGUAACCGGGGGAGCUUGCGGGAACCACACCGGACACGGUCAGCCACCUGCGGACAGGAAACCGCACUGACCCCGACCCUGGUCACUCGGAGCCCUGAGCCUGAGGGCUGACCGGAUAGUGGUACAGGGCGGGCCAAGGGACAGGGCUCGCUGUGAGUCCACCUCCUCCCCUCGAAAGUCAAUAAACCCCACACCCAGGUCUCCUUCUCCAGCA